UAUUGGUAGACAUGAAGAGGUUGACGAAAGAUAUUCGGACAGUGACGAUGAACAUAUAUAUGAUAAUACUAUUCCUGGGAACCGAAAUGCUUGGUACGUGCCCACUCCACCCACGAAUAGUGAGAGUUGGGAGGAGAACAAGGAACGGCUACGUAUCUGCCAUUCCUAUUUACUGGAGCAGAUUGAAGCCAAUGACAUCAUUCCCUAUCUGUUUGAAAAAGAAGCCUUGACUCUGGAUGACCGUGACGAGAUCAAGCACACCAACCCAGCAACCAGACUGACCAGGAAUGACAUCCUCAUUCGAAAAAUCCUCCAAGGGAAGUCUACUGGAUAUGAUAUCCUGUUAGAUGCUCUCAAUGGAAAUGGAUAUCCACACGUGGCAGACAAGUUAACAUCAACACCUGUAAAUUAUAUUCCAGGUGAUCUAAACUGUGAUCAAGAUAUAGUAGACUCGUCACCAGCUCAGGAAUCCGAUACCUUUCCCAAUUUCCCAGAAACCUUUUGCAACCCACAGGAAAUCCAUGUUGAUCAGAUGAGAGAAAACAGGCAUGAACAAAUUAUACAAGAACUGAAAGCCGACGAAAAGCUGUUUGUAGAAACGUUUGCUUUUUCCAAAGCCAAACAAGUGAUUUGUCAGUCUGGACACGUGACCUUAACGGGUGGUCCAGGUGAAGGCAAGACAUUGAUGAGUCGACAAAUUCUUCUUGAUCAGAUUCAGAAGGGUUACAAUCCUUUGGUUGUGAGGGAAAGGCGUGAUUUGGAUUAUUGGAAUCCAAAGGAAAAGACCGCAAUAUUAUGUGACGACAUCUUUGGGAAGUCUUCCUUACAUUCUGCUGCGGAUUUAGAAAACGCAAAAGAUAUUAUGGACAAGUUUUUGGCUCACUGGAAUCAUGAAAAAGACAAUAACAUCGCUAUUCAGACUACAAAGUUGCACGUGAUCAUAACAUCAAGGAACUACUUACUAAAAGAAGCACGCGUGUUUAGAAGUUCACAUUGGUCUAUAUUUGAAGGUGACCGCGUUCUUGAUCUCACGCAGAAAAAUUCAUUGUCAGAAAACGAAAAACGAAAAAUCCUUGAAAUUCACCUCCGCAGCAUUACAUAUAAUAUGCAGGAAGAUGAUAUGAAAAGUGUCAUUACUAUUACCACAAAAAGCAUUGGCUUUCCUGAAUGCUGCAGACUCUUCAUUGACACACACAUACUUGGUUACUUUAAGCCAGAUCCUAAAAGGUUUUUUGCUGAACCACUAGAAUUUUUGGUGAACAUUAUAGAGAAUUUGUAUAUUGAAAAAGAAAACUACAAAGCCAUAUUUCACCUGCUCAUCCUUAGAAACGGCAGUAUUAAAAUGCAGGAUAUAAGUACAUACUCUGUAGAAAUCCGGGAUUUCCUGAAACACGUUGAGAUCAAGGUACCGAACCACAAAGAUAUUAAAGAAGCCAUGGAUGUUUUAUGUUCGUGUUUCCUAACAUCUGACGGCUGUCUUGUAAUGGCCAGACACCCUUCUAUUUUUGAUGCAAUUGCAUAUGUCAUUGGGUGCUACAGCCCAUCACUGGUGCUCAAGUGCUGCAGUUUGGACUUCAUAUAUCAGCGAGUGCGAAUAGUUGAUGGAUCCAACCCUACAGAACCAGACUGUGAAAAAUGGUUUUUGAUACAAAUUCUAGAAGAUCAGUUUAAAACCCUGGCUGUGCGAUUUGCAGAAACAGUUCAAGAAAAAACGACUGACCUGUCACUAGUAUGUAGUCAUCAGGCUUGUUCUGUACAAAGCUUUGUUCGGAUCUUCUUUAAGCAGCUGCAAGCGAGAUCAGGAAAGAUGGCAAAACUCUUAAAGUAUACUAAAUUGAGUACCCUUCUCAAGGACAAAGACAAGAAGUGUGCAAAUUUUAUCUACUGGUCCACAUGGAACAAGAAUGGAAUAUUAUGCAAAAGGAUUCUGCGACAUUGCUCCUUUUUAGAAACCAAACUGGUUAAGGCAUUGUAUGGAGCAACCAUCAGUGGAAACACCGAGGCAUUCAGUAUGCUGUACAAAAAGCUGCAUCCUCCCUUAGCCCAUAUUGUUCUAUCCAGCGCAUUAUCAGAAGUCAAAUGCGUCCACACGCCACAGCAGACCCAGGAUAUAUUAAAUUCAGCCACUCUCAAAGAAGUGAGAAUUACUGAACCUCUGAUCUGUAUUGCAGCAAAGUAUGGAAAAGUUAACAUUCUCUGCACGAUGGAAAAAGAAGGCUUUCCUCUCAGUGUGAAAGGCAAAAACAACAUGACACCUUUACAUUAUGCUUGUGAAGGCGGAGAUCUUGUGAGCGCACAUUUCCUCAUCACUCAUGGUGCCAGCGUAACAGCCGAAGCACUUGACCACACUUUACCAUUAAGUAUGGUCCGAGUUGAAAGUAUGAAGACGCAAUUGGCGGAGUUCUGUGAUGAAAACCUUCUGCAAGAGGUUCGUUGUAUGCUGUUGAAGUUGAAAGAUCUGCAUGUUGAGUUCGUCACCCAGGAGACGGAGACGACGACUUGUGAUUUCCACGGCAUUCUACAGGAGGUGUUCACGCACCACGUCUACAGUCGGAAACACGUCGCCCAACUCAUGUGUGAAGACAAAUUCCCAGAAAACACUUUAUUGUGGUUGAGAAAACAAGGGUCAUCAAAUGAUUCGGAGACGAUAAUGUGUACUGCGUACCUCCUGGAGACUUUAUCACUCUACGUCCCGCUUUACCCAAAGCUCAUGGCACACUUCCUGUCUGACGACGUCGACAUCCCAGACAUCCUAUCUGGUGUUUUCAGCAAAUCUGAGUUUUUGGAUGAGUGCAUUAUUCGGCUAAUAUGGAGCAUGCAUAUCAUGACAAAAACCGGGGACGAAAAGCUUCAAGACAGUGGUAUUAAGAUUCUGUCUAAAGCUGUGACGAUGUGUGACAAACCGUGGACAAAGGCUAAAGCCAUUAUAACAGCUGGCGUAGUAGUGCACAGUUACAACGAACAGGAUCAGUUCAACUGCCUCAUUAAAGGAGAGUUGGAAUCCAUUUGGUGGCUGCUGGCGUGGGUGUUGGAGGGUCUGAAAACUAAGUCGAAGAUGGUCAAUAUUGGUUGUUUUCAGUGCAGCUGGUUCAUCAAUGUGGCAGACAUUCUCAAAUCUCUCAACUGGCUGUCGUUUUUUGACGGAACGCGUAAACAGGUGAUAUUGGCUAAUAAGAGAAUACAUUAUGUAAAACAACAAAUUUCACACCUUUCAGUCCUUAUUUAGUUCAGCUAUGUGCCUAUAACAAAUUACAACGAAAUAAUUCCAGUGUACUAUUUUGGUUUAAAAGGACUUCCUGUUUGCAAAUCUUUAGAGCCCACCACCAACCAAGCGAUCCCUGCCAUGUUUCUCCAGUAGAACUGAAGAUACACCACUGUAAAUGUUUUGCAUGAAACCAUGGAAAAGAUCGAUAUUCAAGACUGGUUUCACAGGAUUUUGAGAUAUGCUGACCGUGUCAUUUUGGAGAAUCAAUGUAAUUUGUACAAAUAACUUUUACGAGCCAUUCAGGCUCGUAUCCUAGCCAAGCUUGCGAGUCCUAUAGGUUGCACUAUACCAAUUAAUUUCCGGCUGGGUCGAAGUUCGAGGUGUACCGAACUUUUGAUACAGAAGUUAACACCACAAGU